AUGAGUGAUCGAGAUUAUUUACCUUUAUCAGCAACAUUAGUUAAAACAUUAACUGAUAAAUUAUAUGAAAAACGUAAAGCAGCUGCACUUGAGAUUGAAAAAAUGGUACGAGAAUUAAUAGCUGUUCAAAAUUAUGAACAAAUUGAACGAAUUUGUAAAAUACUUAGUGAACAUUUUGUUUUAUCACAAAAUGGAAAUUUUCGUCGUGGUGGUUUAAUUGGUAUUGCAGCAUUAGCAAUUGCAUGUGGCAGAGAAGCACAAAGAUUUAAAUCAUAUCUUGUACCACCUGUCUUACAAUGUUUUCUUGAUAAUGAUCCAAAAGUUCGAUAUUAUGCAUGUGAAUCAUUAUAUAAUAUAGCAAAAGUUCUUCGAACAAUAACACUUUCUUAUUUUAAUGAAAUAUUUGAUUGUCUUUCGAAACUUGUAUGCGAUCUUGAACCAACAGUAAAAAGUGGAGCUGAACUUUGUGAUCGUUUAUUAAAAGAUAUUGUAAUUGAAACAUGUACGCAAUUUGAAGUAAUUGCUUUUAUUCCACUUCUACGUGAACGAAUCUAUGUUCGUAAUGCAUUUACUCGACAAUUUAUUGUUUCUUGGGUAUCUUUACUUACAUCUGUACCAGAAUUUGAUAUGGUGCAAUAUUUACCAGAAAUUAUGGAUGGUUUAUUUCAUAUAUUAGGUGAUCCAAAUCCUGAAAUUCGUAAAUCUUGUGAGAUAUUAUUUAGUGAAUUUUUAACUAUUUUAAAAACAUCUCAAGUUCAACCGGAUAUGUUUGAAGAUAUGACUCGAAUUUUAAUACAAAAUAGUCAAUCAUCAGACGAUUUAAUUCAAUAUACAGCAUUACAUUGGUUACGAGAAUUUCUUAAUAUGCCAAAAUGUCAUCAAGUACUUUUACCUCAUUCAGCUGGAUUAUUAUCGGCUGUACUUCCAUGUUUUUCAUAUGAAGAUGAUAAUCGUCAAAAUAUCCUUUUUACUUUUGUUGAUUUUGUUUUUUUUUUAUUUUUUAUUUUUACAGCCAAAGAGAUCAAUUCAAUUUUACGACAAUUAAUUAAAAAUGAAAGUACUAAAAAAAGCAAUGAAAGCAAUGCUAUUCAUAAUUUACCAGAUAUGACUAUAACAAAAAUGGUUGAAGUACUUAAAACUCAAAUACAAUCGGGUGCUUCACCAUCACGUAUUAUUGCAUUAGGUUGGGUUCAUCAUCUAUUUGAAUGUCUUCAAGAUCAGAUGGCUUCACAUAUCGAUGUUUUAUUUCCAACAUUAUUUCGUGUACUAAGUGAUCCAUCUGAUGAGUCUCCAACAUCAGUCACUACUGCAUAUUCACCACCAUUAUUACGAAAAAAGGGUAGUAAACAGCAACAUCAAUAUACGACAGAAGCUGUACUUUUGGUUUUACAAGUUUUUGCAUUAAUAUCAACAUCAAAUCGAACAAAUACAGAUAGAAAUUAUAAUGAUUAUUUUACGAAAUUUAUUAUUGUACUUAUGGAUUUAUUUCGUACAGAUCGAUCACUUUUAGAAGCUCGUGGAUCAUUUAUUAUUCGACAAUUAUGUAUGCUUCUUUCACCUGAAGAUAUAUAUAAAACAUUAUCUGAAACAUUAGCUAAUGAACCUGAUACUAAUUUUGCUUCAAUAAUGGUUAAAAUUCUUAGUUCAAUAUUAUUAACAUCAACAGAAUUACAUGAUUUAAGAAUUAAAUUAAAAAAUUUACAAACAAUAGAAAGUGCUGAUUUAUUUGUAUGUCUUUAUAAAACAUGGUGUCAUAAUCCAGUAGCAUUAGUUGCAUUAUGUUUUUUAUCACAAAAUUAUGAUCAUGCUUGUACACUUGUUCAAUUAUUUGCAGAAAUUGAAGUGACUGUUGAUUUUUUAAUUGAAAUUGAUAAACUUGUUCAACUACUUGAAUCACCUAUUUUUACAUAUCUUCGUUUAGCACUUCUUGAUGUAGAAAAUAAUCAAACAUUAAUUCGUGCAUUAUGUGGUUUAUUAAUGUUAUUACCAGGUAAAACAGAUGCAUUUCAUGUAUUAAGAAGACGUCUUGAAUGUGUACCAAAUUUUAUUGAUAAAUUUACAUCAAUUGAUAAACGUCUUGCUAAUCUAUCAAUAAAUAGCAAAGAAAAGGAAACUAUAAAUGAUCCAAGAAAAAAUAUUAAUUUUGAUGAACUACAACAAUAUUAUUUAUCUAUACAAAACAGACAUAUAGAUUUAAAAAAACAAAGAUAUCGUUAUGCACCUACGUCCGAUGUUAGACGAAACAGACAAACAAGCACGCGGUACCUAGAUAAAAUGACGAUGAGUGCUCCAAAAUCUCCUUUACCACAAUUUGUUUGUCAAGUAUGUGGCAAUUUCCUUCAACAAGAUUCAUCAUUAGAAACAAUCGAUGAUCAAAUGACUAAACCAAUUGCAUCUAGUACAACAAUAUGUGAUGAAUCUUAUAAUGAAUUACAACAAGGCGGAUCCGAUGGUACUAUUGUUAUUCGUAAAACAUUGGGUAGAAAACGAUUUGGAUGGUCAAUUACUACAUCACAGAGUAGUCUUGAUAGUGCAAAUGGUUUUGCACUUGUUCCACAUGAUGUAAAUAAAGAUUUAGAACAAAAAUCUAUGCGUGAAUAUCGAAAUGACAUUAAUAUACAUGAAAAAUUAUAUGAUUUUCUUUCUGAACAAUAUACAUUUGAUCAUCCACUAUGUCAAGAGUGUACAGAUACACUUUUAGAUAAACUUGAUGUUGAUUUACAAAUGGCAACACAUGAAUUAACAAGUUACAAAAAAUUACUUGAACAACUUAAUUCAUCAACAAAUGUUCAACCAGAAAAUUAUGAAAAAUUAAAGCAAGAAUUAAUUGAAUUAGACGAAGAAGAAAAACGAAUAAAAGAUGAAUUAUUAAAAUUAGAACAAGAAAAUCAACGAUUACAAAAUGAAUCAGAACAGUUAAAAAAAGAUGAACAAUCAUUAGAAGAAGAAGAAAUCAGAUAUUUACGUGAUUAUAAUGAACAAAAACGUUUAUUAUUCGAAGCUGAAGAUGAACAGAAAAGUAUUGAUAAUCAAACAAAACAUGCUCGUGCUCAAUAUGAAAAAUUGAGUAAAACAAAUGCUUUUAAUGCUGCAUUUCAUAUAUGGCAUCAAGAACAUUUUGGCACAAUAAAUGGUUUUCGACUUGGUCGUUUACCAAGCAUUAAUGUUGAAUGGUCAGAAAUUAAUGCUGGUCUUGGUCAAGCUGCUUUAUUACUUAAUUCAUUAGCUAAACGAAUUGAUCUUCAAUUUAUUAAAUAUAAAAUUAUUCCAUUAGGAAGUCAUUCUUAUAUAGAAGAUUUAAAUGAACGUAAAAAUGGAAAAUUUGUACAAUUACCACUUUAUACAGGUCGACGACAUCUUACUUGGGAUAAUCAAUUUAAUAAAGCAUUAAUUGCAUUUCUUGAUUGUGUUAAUCAAUUUAAAUUAGCAAUCGAAUCAAAGAAUCAACGCUUUUGUUUACCGUAUAAAAUGAAUGAAAAAAAGAAAGGUGUUAUUACUGAUAGUAAUGGAUACCAAUUUCAUGUCAGUUAUCAAGUUGGUUCACAAGAAGAGUGGACAAAAGCAUUAAAAUAUAUGUUAACGAAUUUAAAAUGGGGUUUAACAUGGAUAACGAGUCAAUUACCUGACGAUAUGACAACAUCGAAUGCAAUACCAACUACAUCAUCUCCAACAGUUACAUCGCCGAGAUAG